UUUGCAUCUUUCUUAAGAAUUAUUAGUUUGCUGGAAUUCACAUUUUAUAGCAAUUGCAUGCUGUCUAAAUUGAUGUUUUGUAAAUGUGAUUGCUUAAUAACCAUUUCAAGGUAGUUGACUCCUUUAUAUCUUUAUUUAACCUGCUAUUGGUUAUUACAUUGUCAGUGCAGUACCUGAUUUUAUAUAAUCUCUAAGAAAAGCACUAGGAUUGCCAAGAAUUUUGCAAUUAAGCACAUGAAAGGAUUAAGACGCAAAAGGUUACAAGAACUUGCAGUAAUCUGAAUAUCUUAUCAAUCUUGUGUGUAAGUUAUAGAGAUUUGGAUUUAUGUUUUAAUCUUUAAUUUCAAUUGAAUUUGGAUUUUGAGUUUUCGAUGAUUGUUAAUUUUGAAUGGGGAUACCAGUACUUGGUAUUUAUUUCAUGGAAGAGCACAGUGGUGGAACCGUGGAAUUGGCCUCAUGUUGACUUGAUUUUCUACAAGUCGAGAAGUAAAUGAUUUGUGAUUGAGAGGAAAAAGAGUAGCCUCUUUAUACUAAAGGAAGCAUUAUUUAAUGUGAUGGGCCUCAAGGAUGAUUGUACCCAGACGAGCACCGGUGUAAUCAACAAUGAAGGUUUGUGCUCAGCUGUUGAGGGUGACAAUUUAAGUAGAUGUUCCUCUUCAUGUCAAAGUACAGAUAAGGAUUCAAGCUUAGCAACUUGUCGUGUCUGCCAAUGUGUUGAAUCAGACAGAAGAGGGGAGGCUGCACUGGGAUUCUUAGGCAUCACCCCUCCAAUCACCUUUCCUAUACAGGAAUUGAAGAAACUUAGUGGAGAAUUGAACUCUAAUGACAAAGAAGCUCAAAAAGACUGUGAUAGUGAUGUUGCACAUGAUAGAAGUUAUGGGAGGGAAACUGGAAUUGUUGAAUUCAUAAGUCCUGAUGGGGAGGUUUUCAUAUGUAACACUGAUCUAGAAGCAGGCUCCUACCGCCAUCAGGAUGCACUUAUAGAGCUUGGGUGUUCUUGUAAAAAUGAUCUUGCUCUAGCACAUUAUGCUUGUGUGUUGAAGUGGUUUAUUAACCAUGGAUCUACUGUUUGUGAAAUUUGUGGAAGUGUAGCAAAAAAUGUUCGAUCUGCUGACUUCAAGAAGGUUGUGGCUUCUCUAAAGGAUUAUGAAGCAUUAAGGGAAAGGACUGCUACUGGGGAACUUAUUGUAGCACAUGUUCCGACAGAUUCCAUGGUAGAUCCUGAUGCUGUUGCUGCUAUUCGAAGACAAAGGCUUAGUGAAAUUUCUCUGUGGUUCAAUCCACAUAAUAACAAUGGUAGCAAUAAUAAUAUUAAUUCUACCACAGUUUCACAGGGAGGCACAGAACAACUUUCUAAUUUUCCUGCUGAAAAUAUUGUCCCCACUGAGAAUCCUGCAACAAAAUGGGCUGUGGAAGGUACUGGAAUUCUAGUUGCUACUGGGCUGCUUACUGUUACUCUGGCUUGGCUUAUUGCUCCUCGUGUGGGGAAGAAGACAGCAAAAAGUGGUUUGCAUAUUCUUCUUGGAGGUAUAUGUGCUUUGACAGUUGUGAUCUUCCUUCGCUUUAUUGUGCUAUCUAGAAUUAAAUAUGGACCUGCAAGAUACUGGGCGAUCUUAUUUGUCUUCUGGUUUCUUGUCUUUGGAAUAUGGGCUUCCCGAACACAUGGUGCACAUAAUACAUGAAUUCUGUUGGUACAAUGUUGAUGCGCAGCAGGACAAAUGUCCUUUAUAAUGCUUUUUAAUUGUUAUUCUUUAAAUUGGGUACUUUUAUAGAAAUCAUUGGUACCACCAUUUCUAACUCAAAAGGUCCCCUAAAUUGCUUCUCCGUCAUAAUUCUUCUGUUGAAUAUGUUCUUUAUGUUCUUGUA